AUGGCGCAGGAUGACGGCGAUUCGCUCUCGACGAGCCAGAUCAAAGACUGGCGCUCCAUCAUCACGCUCAUUGUGUUUGUCCUCACAAAUAUCAACGUCCUGUGUCCGUUUCAUAUCCCCAUCUUCGUGCCCAGAAAACUCUGGGACCUCUUCUUGGAUACACUUGGAGCCCUGAGAAUCAUCCCCAAGCGACAGUUUCGUUCUCCUCCGCUGGUGCAGGAUGACGACAAUAACAACAACGGCAAGACCAAGCCCUGGGUGCGACUCAACUUCCCUAUGAACUUUGUCACUGCUCCCCUCAUCGCGGAUCUGUUUCUGCUGGCCAUUCGAGCUGUUGGUCGGCAGGAAGUCCAUGAUGGCACCAUUGGCGCCGAUAACAUUUCGCCAAUUGAUAUCAUGGCCUUCUUCCUCACGCUGGCCUACAUUGCCAUUUCCAUCGACGCGUCUGGUCUCAUUCGAUAUCUGGCGUUCAAGGUGCUACAAUGGGGAGGCAAGGUUGGGCAUCGGCUCUUCUUCUAUCUCUACGCCUUCUUCUUCGUCCUGGGUAGCUUCAUUGGAAACGAUCCCAUUAUCCUAUCAGGAACUGCCUUUCUGGCCUACAUGACGCGGGUAUCAAGCAACAUUGUACAUCCCAGAGCGUGGAUCCAUACCCAGUUCGCAAUCGCAAACGUUGCGUCUGCCAUCCUGGUGUCUUCCAACCCGACCAAUCUUGUGCUCGCGGGGGCCUUCAACAUCAAGUUCAUCCACUACACGGCCAACAUGAUUGUCCCUGUGGUCGCCACCGCUAUCGUGCUGUUUCCCUUUUUGCUCUACAUUGUCUUUGCCAACGAAGACCUGAUCCCUCAUUCUAUCGAAAUGCACGAACUUCCGGAUCACGUCAAGGGCAAGAAGCCCGUCAACCCUAAUAUUCCCCACGCGAGGGGUCAUACCGAUGCGGAUGAGGCAGACCUCGCCAACGAUGAGGAAGGAAAGUUGCUGUCGCUAGAAGAGAUCAUGAAUCCAUUCAUAGACAAAGGCGGAGCGGCAUUUGGUGCUGUCAUUAUGGCAGCCACUCUCAUCACUGUGCUGGCAAUUAACGCCGCAAGCACAAAAAGCGGCGCUCACCCCGUAUUUUGGGUCACUUUGCCGGCGGCUUUUGUCAUGUUCUGCUGGGACCUCGGCUUCGGAUGGUAUCACAGGAAAGAAACGCGCGAAAUUGCGAGAAAGGGCAGACUGGAGUUUGAAACUGCGCGUGCCGAGCGAAGCUUUCACCAGGCCGAUGAAACGAGGCGGUCAUCUGUUGCCAAGGUUGGGCUGCAAGAUGCUACGAAUCAUAGGCCCGAAUCUUCCUCUCCGAGACUCGAAUCAAAGGAAGCUCAAUCCCAAGAUCGGGACGACGAUACUGAGCUUGAUGAUACUGACGUUGGUUCGCUUGGGGAGAAGAGCGCACAGAACCAGGUUGUCACCGAAUCGCAACCUGGGGGACUUUUCGUGCCCUCUUCAGACGAAGACGUGGAGAGAAAACGGCAAUAUUCAUUGUCUUCUGUUCAAUCGCCUCGCGGACCAGCCACACUAUUGUCCCUAGGCCAGGAUGCGCUCAGGUGGUGCCAGGAGACAUUUCCAACGGCGGCGGCUGUUGCUCUUCAUUUACCAUUCGCACUCGUUCCGUUCGCCUUUUGUAUGUUCGUCCUUGUUCAGGGGCUGGUCACCAAGGGCUGGGUGCCGGUUUUUGCCUAUGGAUGGGACCACUGGGUAAACAAGACUGGAACGGUUGGCGCCAUAGGGGGCAUGGGCUUCCUUUCGGUUGUACUAUGCAAUUUUGCAGGAACAAACAUUGGCACCACGAUACUACUUUGCCGGAUCAUCCAGAAGUGGCAGGAGAUCCAUGAGCGGAACGGUGUCCCCAUCAGCGACCGAACGUUUUGGGCUACUGUGUACAGCAUGGCCAUUGGGGUCAACUACGGAGCAUUCAGUUCUGCGUUCAGCGCCUCGCUUGCAGGUCUGCUCUGGCGCGACAUCCUUGCGAGAAAGCAUAUCCGCGUCAGAAGUCUAGAUUUUGCCCGCGUGAAUCUUCCCAUCAUUUCCAUUGCCAUGAUUGUCGGUUGCACGGUCCUCGUGGGCGAGGUGUACAUUGUCCGAAAAGAAACGCCUUAUACGAUGUAA